AUGGCCGCCCUCAUCCUGCGCCCGCCCCGUCGCCCGCCGCCCCCAGCGCCGCCCCGCCCCCGCGCGACGCGGGGCAGGACUUCCGCCGCGGCGCCGCCGCCGCCGCCCGCGCUGAUUGGCCGCGCCCACCGUCGCUCCGCCACGGCCCGGCUGAGCAAGCGCCUACAGCCAGCAAUCGCCUACAGCCAGCAAGCUGGGCACAGGUGCUGCUCAGCUUCAAACAUCGCUGAGAACCUCGCCUGGCUCUCCCUGCCUGGGAGUCCGGAGACAGCUCCUCUCCCAGGCCCAGCUCAGGCAGGCGCUGGGUGGCCACAUCGUGAGGGGUGCAAGGUUGUUGAGGAAGAGCUAGGUAUCCCUGUACCCCACACCUCCCAGGAGGUCAGGAUCCACAACGGGUGCCUGCUUUCCUGGUGCCCAUGUACCCCCUGGGGCUGUGGGCUGAGAUCAACCCCAGGCCCUCCCUCAGGCCAGGCCCUGUCUGGCAGGUGGCUCCUCCCUGGCUGUUCUCUUCCAACAGCUGGAGCCUAGACCAUCCAUCUCUGAACCUGGAGACAUUUCCUUAACUGGGCUUUGCAGCAAAGAGGAAGGAACAGUGGCAAUGCCAGGUGCAUACCUCCUGCACCCAGGACAACACCUGUAAGUGAGAGGGAAGGGGGCCACCCACCCCAGAACCCAAAUGGAAGCAAGACAACCACCCCUGACCUGGGGCUGCACCAGUCCCUGACGUCUGGCGCCAUCAUGGCUGUCCUCAAAGCCAGAACUCCCAAAGCCCACCCGCAUCGAAGCUGUUCAGGGCGCCUCACGGCCUGUGCUGGCCUCAUGGGUGUGUCUCAGGGCCAAGGGGACAUGGAAGAUGGCAGGAUGACACGGGGUGAGCAGGGCACACUGGUGUCUCCCACACUGCCCUCCAGCACCAGGCAGGGUCACCAUGGCCGGCAAGCACCAGGCCUGGGGAUGGGUGCAGACAGCAAAACCCUGACUGUCCACACCCCCUGUGCCCGGCCCCCCUUCCUGCCCACUCUCCACCUGCAACCUACAGCGGCUUCACCCCACGGUGCCAGCUUCUGA